AUGUCGAGAACACGCAACUCGAUGGCCUUGGGCUUCGGCCUCCUGGCCUGGAUGUGUCUCCUCUUCUCCCCUCUGGCUUUUGUCCAGUCGGUUCAGGCUCAGGACACUGAGAACUACGGCACUGUCAUCGGUAUUGACUUGGGAACCACGUACUCUGCUACUGCGGUUAUGUCGAAGGGAAAAGUUGAGAUUCUGGCCAACGAUCAAGGAAACCGUAUCACCCCGUCUUACGUCGCUUUCACCGAGGAGGAGAGACUUGUCGGUGACGCUGCCAAGAACCAGGCCGCGGCCAACCCCCACAACACCAUCUUUGACAUCAAGCGUUUGAUCGGCCAGAAGUUCUCCGAGAAGGCUGUCCAGUCCGACAUUAAGCACUUCCCCUACAAGGUUGUUGAGAAGGAUGGCAAGCCCGUCGUCAAGGUCGAGGUCGGCGGUUCCCCCAAGACCUACACCCCCGAGGAGAUCUCUGCCAUGAUUCUGGGCAAGAUGAAGGAGGUCGCCGAGUCCUACCUGGGCAAGAAGGUUACCCACGCCGUUGUUACUGUCCCUGCCUACUUCAACGACAACCAGCGCCAGGCCACCAAGGAUGCCGGUACCAUCGCUGGUCUUAACGUUCUUCGUAUUGUCAACGAGCCCACCGCCGCCGCUAUUGCCUAUGGUCUUGACAAGACCGGCAAGGAGAGGCAGAUUCUUGUCUACGACCUUGGUGGUGGUACCUUCGAUGUCUCCCUGCUGUCCAUUGAUGAGGGUGUCUUCGAGGUUCUGGCUACCGCUGGUGACACCCACUUGGGUGGUGAGGAUUUCGACCAGCGCCUCAUCAACUUCUUCGCGAAGUCCUACAACAAGAAGAACAACGUCGAUGUCACCAAGGAUGCCAAGGCCAUGGGUAAGCUCAAGCGCGAGGCCGAAAAGGCCAAGCGUACGCUCUCUUCGCAGAUGUCCACCCGCGUCGAGAUUGAGGCUUUCUUCGAUGGCAAGGACUUCUCUGAGACUCUUACCCGCGCCAAGUUCGAGGAGCUCAACAUGGAUCUCUUCAAGAAGACCCUGAAGCCCGUGGAGCAGGUGCUCAAGGACGCCAAGAUCAAGAAGGAGGACGUUGACGACAUCGUUCUCGUUGGUGGCUCCACCCGUAUUCCCAAGGUUGUCUCCCUCAUUGAGGAGUACUUCAACGGAAAGAAGGCUUCCAAGGGCAUCAACCCCGACGAGGCUGUCGCUUUCGGUGCCGCUGUUCAGGGUGGUGUUCUCUCCGGUGAGGAGGGUACUGAGGACAUUGUUCUCAUGGACGUCAACCCCUUGACCCUUGGUAUUGAGACCACUGGAGGUGUCAUGACCAAGCUUAUCCAGCGCAACACUCCUAUCCCUACCCGCAAGAGCCAGAUCUUCUCGACCGCCGCUGACAACCAGCCCGUCGUCCUGAUCCAGGUCUACGAGGGUGAGCGUUCCCUGACCAAGGACAACAACUUGCUUGGCAAAUUCGAGCUCACUGGCAUCCCCCCCGCCCCCCGUGGUGUCCCUCAGGUCGAGGUCUCUUUUGAGCUCGACGCCAACGGUAUCCUCAAGGUCUCUGCCCACGACAAGGGCACUGGCAAGCAGGAGUCCAUCACCAUUACCAACGACAAGGGUCGUCUCACUCAGGAGGAGAUUGACCGCAUGGUCGAGGAGGCCGAGAAGUACGCUGAGGAGGACAAGGCUACCCGCGAGCGCAUUGAGGCUCGCAACGGCCUUGAGAACUACGCUUUCUCCCUCAAGAACCAGGUCAACGACGAGGAGGGUCUUGGUGGCAAGAUUGACGACGAGGACAAGGAGACCAUCCUUGAGGCCGUCAAGGAGACCACUGACUGGCUCGACGAGAACGGCGCCACUGCUUCCACCGAGGACUUGGAGGAGCAGAAGGAGAAGCUGUCCAACGUUGCCUACCCCAUCACCUCCAAGAUGUACCAGGGCGCUGGUGGCGCUGGCGGCGAGGAUGAGCCUCCCAGCCACGACGAGCUCUAA